UAUGUCGAAGAAUCAACAUAUCAAACUGUAGAAGCAUUCGCUACAACAGCUGCAAAAAUAGCAAUAACACAAUGUCAUGUUAACAAAGUUACAGUUCGGGUGGAAAAACCAAGUGCUCUGGUCUUCGCUGAAUCCGCUGGAAUCGAAAUUACUAGAAGUCAGUCAUAUUUUGCAAAUGAGACCAGGCAUAUUUCACAACCUCAUUUAAAUCCUUUAAACGGAAAAAAUUUCGGAAAUACGCGUUCAACGAUCCCUGAACGAGCUGAAGCAAUAAAAACUUCACUCCCCAAAGGAUAUAAUCAUUUUGCUUUUAUUGGACUUGGAUCUAAUAUGGGUGAUUGUGUUAAAAAUAUCAACGAUGCUUUACAACAGUUAGAAACUAUAUGUAAAUGUAAAGUAUUGGAUACAUCAUUUUUAUAUGAAACUUCACCGAUGUAUGUAACAGAUCAACCUAAUUUCUUGAAUGCCGCAUGCAAG